AUGUCGUCUUUUCUAGGAACUGGGACUUUUAAUACCAGCGUCAGCCCAUCGCAGGCGGUGGAAUCACGAGGAAUCGAGAAUCACGGUAAUGCGAUCACAGAGACCGAAACUUUGCACAAUGAAUCCCAUGCCGAGUCGCCAGGCGAGAAGUUGGCCUCUAGUUCAAACAGCAUCCUCAGCUCUACCGAAACCGCCCGCGAGAAGGACGAGCGCGAUUAUGAAUUGGAUGCCGAAGAGGAAGUCACACGGCUCGCCCAGCAGCUGACGCACCAGUCGACCAAGUACUCUACGCACAAUAUCGAGAACCCGUUUCUUGAGGUUGGUGAGGACUCGACACUCAACCCACACAGCCCCAACUUCAAGGCGAAGAACUGGAUGAAGAAUCUUCUGGCGCUGUCUUCUCGCGACCCGGAGAGGUACCUCCCGCGUCAGGCUGGCGUUUCGUUCACAAACCUUAGCGUUCACGGUUACGGCAGCCCAACGGAUUACCAGAAGGAUGUUUUCAACUCUGUCUUGCAGAUCGGAGGGCUUGUCCGGUCUAUGAUGGGGCAUGGGAAGCAGAAGAUCGAGAUUCUCCGCAACUUUGACGGUUUGGUCAAGGCCGGCGAGAUGCUGGUCGUACUCGGUCGACCUGGAAGUGGUUGCUCCACCUUUUUGAAGACUAUCGCUGGUGAAAUGAACGGUAUCUUUAUGGACGAGAAGUCCCAGCUCAACUACCAAGGUAUUCCGGCAAAGCAGAUGCGCAAGCAGUUCCGUGGUGAAGCUAUCUACACGGCGGAGACCGAUGUUCACUUCCCUCAAUUAUCUGUUGGCGAUACAUUGAAAUUCGCUGCGCUGGCUCGAUGCCCGCGGAAUCGUCUCCCUGGUGUCUCCAGGGAACAGUAUGCAGUCCAUAUGCGAGACGUCGUGAUGGCCAUGUUGGGUCUGUCCCACACGAUCAACACCCGUGUCGGUAACGAUUUCGUUCGCGGUGUCAGUGGUGGUGAGCGCAAGCGUGUCAGUAUUGCAGAGGCGACCCUGAGCGCAAGUCCUCUGCAAUGCUGGGAUAACAGUACUCGUGGCUUGGAUAGUGCCAACGCUUUGGAAUUCUGCCGUACCCUGAACUUGAUGGCCAAAUACUCUGGUGCGACUAUGGCUGUUGCCAUCUACCAGGCCUCUCAGAGCGCUUAUGAUGUCUUUGACAAGGUCACUGUCUUGUAUGAAGGAAGGCAAAUCUACUUUGGUAGAACAGAUGAUGCGAAGCAGUUCUUCAUUGACAUGGGCUUCGAAUGCCCAGAGCGUCAGACUACUGCCGAUUUCCUCACUUCUCUCACAAGCCCUGCAGAGCGAAUUGUUCGAAAGGGCUAUGAGGGCCGCGUUCCACAGACCCCUGAUGAGUUCGCGGCCGCCUGGAAGAACAGUGACGCUUAUGCGCAGUUAAUGCGGGAGAUUGAAGAAUACAACCAGGAAUUCCCUCUUGGCGGCGAAUCUGUCAACAAGUUCAUCGAAUCCCGCAGGGCCAUGCAGUCGAAGAACCAGCGUGUCAAGUCUCCAUACACCAUGUCUGUCAUGGAGCAGGUUAACCUGUGCAUGAUCCGUGGUUUCCAGCGCCUCAAGGGUGAUGCCAGUUUGACACUGAGUCAGUUGAUUGGAAACUUUAUCAUGGCUCUGGUUAUUGGUAGUGUGUUCUACGACCUCGACAAUGACACCGGUAGCUUCUACUCCCGUGGGGCUCUGCUGUUCUUUGCUGUUUUGCUCAAUGCCUUUGGUAGUGCGCUCGAGAUCCUGACCCUUUACGCACAACGCCCCAUCGUUGAGAAACAAGCACGUUACGCCAUGUACCACCCGUUCGCGGAAGCCAUUGCAUCGAUGCUGUGUGACAUGCCCUACAAGAUCACUAACACGUUCACGUUCAACAUCCCACUUUAUUUCAUGACCAAUCUUCGUCGCGAACCCGGCGCGUUCUUCAUCUUCCUGCUAUUCUCAUUCGUGACGACUUUGACGAUGUCGAUGCUGUUUCGUACAAUGGCUGCUACUUCCCGUACCUUGUCACAGGCACUUGUCCCGGCUGCCAUCCUUAUUCUCGGCCUUGUUAUCUAUACCGGUUUCACUAUUCCUACCAGGAACAUGCUGGGCUGGUCGCGCUGGAUGAAUUAUAUCGACCCCAUUGCCUAUGGAUUCGAAAGCUUGAUGGUGAAUGAAUUCCACGGCCGCUUAUUCCCCUGCUCUGAGAGUGAACUCGUUCCCAGCUAUGGUGAUACUGCCAACCGAGUGUGUGCUGUUGUGGGUGCAACUCCUGGUGAACUGAUGGUUAACGGUACUACCUACCUCCGCGAAAGUUAUCAGUACACCAAGAGCCAUGAGUGGCGAAAUCUGGGUAUCAUGUUUGCGUUCAUGGCUUUCUUCCUGUUCACCUACUUGACCGCGACUGAGUACAUCUCCGAGGCCAAGUCCAAGGGUGAGGUGUUGCUUUUCCGCCGCGGCCAGGCUCCUCCCAGCGUCAACGAUGUCGAGACCCACAGCCCAGCAACAGCAGGUGAAAAGGUUGAUCAGUCGACUCAAGAUGUUGCCAAUAUCCAGAGACAGACAGCUAUUUUCCACUGGAAGGACGUUUGCUACGAUAUCAAGAUCAAAAACGAACCCAGGCGCAUUCUGGACCAUGUUGAUGGAUGGGUUAAACCCGGUACUUGCACUGCUUUAAUGGGAGUUUCUGGUGCUGGUAAAACCACACUGCUCGAUGUGCUUGCUACUCGUGUGACUAUGGGCGUCGUCACCGGUGAGAUGUUGGUCGACGGUCGCCCUCGCGACCAGUCUUUCCAGCGAAAAACCGGUUACGUUCAACAACAGGACCUUCACCUUCACACUACCACUGUUCGUGAGGCACUGCGCUUUAGCGCUUUGCUUCGUCAGCCGGCCAAAACACCCCGCCAGGAGAAACUCGACUACGUUGAAGAGGUCAUCAAACUUCUUGGAAUGGAAGCCUACGCCGACGCCGUCGUCGGUGUUCCUGGUGAAGGCCUCAACGUGGAACAAAGAAAGCGUCUCACCAUCGGUGUCGAGCUCGCUGCUAAGCCCCAGUUGCUCCUCUUCCUUGAUGAACCUACCUCCGGUCUCGACAGUCAAACCUCGUGGUCUAUCCUUGAUCUUAUCGACACUCUGACACAGCAUGGUCAAGCUAUUUUGUGCACUAUCCACCAGCCUUCUGCUAUGCUCUUCCAACGUUUCGACCGAUUGCUGUUCCUGGCAAAGGGUGGUAAGACAGUGUAUUUUGGCGAGAUUGGUGAGAAAUCGUCCACUUUGGCCAGUUACUUUGAACGGAACGGUGCUCCCAAGCUCCCUGCCGAUGCCAACCCUGCGGAAUGGAUGCUUGAGGUUAUUGGCGCUGCACCUGGAUCCCACAGUGACAUCGACUGGCCUGCAGUCUGGCGCGAGAGUCCCGAACGUCAAGCUGUGCACCAACAUCUCGCCGAACUGAAGGAGACUCUCUCUCAAAAGCCCACCGAAACCUCUGCAUCUGACCCCUCUGAAUACAACGAAUUCGCGGCUCCUUUCUCCGUUCAACUUUGGGAAUGUCUUGUCCGUGUCUUUUCGCAGUAUUGGCGCAGCCCUGUCUACAUCUACUCCAAGGCCGCACUGAGCAUCCUGACUUCGCUCUACAUUGGUUUCUCGUUCUUCCAGGCACAGAACACUAGACAGGGUCUCCAAAACCAGAUGUUCAGUAUCUUCAUGCUGAUGACCAUCUUCGGUAACCUUGUCCAACAGAUCAUGCCAAACUUUGUUACCCAACGCGCGUUGUAUGAGGUCCGCGAGCGUCCUUCCAAGGCUUACUCCUGGAAGGCCUUCAUGACAGCCAACAUCCUUGUGGAGCUCCCCUGGAACACCCUAAUGGCUGUCAUCAUGUAUUUCUGUUGGUACUACCCUGUCGGUCUCUACCGCAAUGCCGAACCCACCGACAGUGUCCAUGAGCGUGGGGCUCUCAUGUUCCUGCUUAUCCUUGCCUUCCUCCUCUUCACCUCUACCUUCGCGCACAUGAUCAUCGCCGGUAUUGAAACUGCCGAAACAGGCGGUAAUAUCGCACAAUUGCUCUUCUCCCUUUGCCUGAUUUUUUGCGGUGUCCUCGCCGGUCCGGACGUCCUCCCGGGCUUUUGGAUUUUCAUGUACCGCGUCUCCCCGUUCACUUAUCUUGUUUCUGCCAUGUUAUCGACGGGUGUUUCUGGUACGACCGCCUACUGCGAACAGGUCGAAUACUUGACGCUCUACCCCCCUAGCAACACCACCUGCUCCGAGUACAUGGACCCCUACAUCUCUCAGGUUGGCGGUUACCUUCAGAACCCUGACGCCACGUCCGAGUGCACAUUCUGCCAAAUCUCUAGCACGGAUACCUUUUUGUCCGCCGUCUACAGUAACUACGACGACGCGUGGCGCAACUUCGGCCUGAUGUGGGCGUACAUCGCCUUCAACAUCGCUGCCGCCGUCUUCAUUUACUGGCUUGCGCGUGUGCCUAAGGGGAAGAAGAAUUAAAGUCCGGCUUAAAUCUUCAACUCUCUUCUCUUCUCUUUGAUUCCCCUGAAUACCACAUUUUUUUGCGUAAUGUUGCGAGGGUUGUUGGUCUUUUUUGGACUUAUCUUUUCGUCUUGCAUAUCAUUGAUAAACAUUUCAGCACAUACAUAAUAGACUAGAUCUCAUCUUCCUCGAAGAUUACAUACCUAUUUACCUACCGCUACCUGUGCCUCAUUUCUUAUACCUACUUGCUUUCUAUACAGCCAAUCUAUUUCUACUCAGAUGGUCACUCGCUUCCUUCUGUCGUUUUUACUUUUCCUUUCUUCGUGUACUCAAUCCGCCACCUUUGUACCUCUUUUUAUUCUUUUCUUUUCCGUUCUUGGUUAAAUACAUUCUCAUUGGCUGUGACAGUCAACUACUUAUUAGAUAUCGGUCAAAUCUGAUUAGUCCACAAAU